CAGACCAGGUUCCCUUGAGUGAACUGAGCUGGCUGCGCAUAUCACGAACCUAAACUUGAUCGCCAUGGCUGGUCCUACGUUGAUGCACUGCCUGCUCGCCGUCUCUCUCCUCUCCUCCGUUGCCCACGCGCAGCUCUCGACGACUUUCUACUCCAGAUCCUGCCCGAGUAUGGAGAACACCGUGUGGGCGGUGAUGAAACACGCCGUCGUCAAGGACCGGCGGAUGGGCGCGUCGCUUCUGAGGCUCUUCUUCCACGACUGCUUCGUCCAGGGCUGUGACGGCUCGGUUCUUCUAGACGCUGGCAGCGAGAAGGCCGCCGGCCCGAACGCCAACUCCCUGCGCGGCUUCGAGGUCAUCGACGCCAUCAAGGCGCGCGUGGAGGCCGCGUGCCCCGGCGUCGUCUCCUGCGCCGACAUCCUCGCGCUCGCGGCGCGCGACGGAACGUUCCUGCUCCACGGGCCGACCUGGGCAGUGCCGCUCGGCCGGCGCGACUCGACGACGGCGAGCCAGUCCCUCGCCAACUUUAACCUUCCCUCGGUGAACUCCAGCCUCGCCACGCUCAUCUCCAUGUUCGCGAGGCAAGGGCUCUCGCCGACCGACAUGACGGCGCUGUCCGGCGCGCACACCGUCGGGCAGGCACGCUGCACCACCUUCCGCGACCGCAUCUACGGCAACUCCAACAUGGACGCGACCUUCGCGAGGCGGCAGCAGCGGACCUGCCCCCUCUCCGGCGGGGAAAACAACCUGGCGCCCUUGGACGCGCAGACCCCGAGGGCGUUCGACAACGCCUACUACCAGAACCUCAUGGCGCACCGCGGCCUGUUCCGCUCCGACCAGGAGCUCUUCAGCGGAGGGUCGCAGGACGCGCUGGUGCGGCAGUACAGCGCCAACCCCGCGCUCUUCCGGAGCGACUUCGUCAAGGCGAUGGUGAAGAUGGGCAACAUUAAUCCUCUCACCGGCACCGCCGGCCAGAUCAGGAGAAACUGCAGAUUCGUCAACAGCUAGAUGGAGAGCCGAGAGGAUGCAACGGAACCUCUCAAAUGUUGCAUCGUAGCAAAACAUAGUAUACCAUGUGUUGUAUCGAUCUUUCGAAGAACACAAGAAGUGAUGUAAUCUUACAAUCGCAACAAUUGCAUAUUCAAAUCGCCCUUUGGUUUAGGCUAUUUGAUGGCUAUGAUUUUACA